UUUUAUGUUAAAAUAAAAUUCAAUUAUCUUGUUCAUCAGUGUACAGAAUUGUGUUGUGUCUUAUAAUUGAUGUGCUUUAAUAUUGUUAUUUAUAUAUUUUAGGUUAUUUGCUGUUAAAACAUCAAUUACAAUAUGUCAGACGUAGAAGUUGAUGUACCUUCUUCGGCCCCAGUUCUUGGGGGAGCCAUGGACGUAAACACUGCUUUACAAGAAGUGUUGAAGACUGCACUUAUUCAUGAUGGACUUGUACAUGGUUUACACGAAGCCACCAAAUCUCUGGACAAACGACAAGCAGUUCUUUGUGUUUUGGCUGAAAGUUGCGACGAACCAAUGUACAAAAAAUUAGUACAAGCUCUGUGCAAUGAGCAUCAGAUUCCCCUUGUUAAAGUUGAUAGCAACAAAAAACUAGGAGAAUGGGCAGGUCUUUGCAAAAUUGACAAAGAUGGUAAAGCCAGAAAGAUUGUUGGAUGCUCAUGCGUUGUCAUCAGAGAUUUUGGGGAAGAGACUCCAGCUUUGGAUGUUUUGAAGGACUAUUUGAAACAAUCGAGUUAAACUAUCUUGUCUAUUUUUAAUUAUGAAAUAAAAAUACAAAAACCUA